GUUAUUUUGGUUUAGUACUAAAUUAAGUUGUUCAAUCUAAGCCUCCUCAACUUGAAUAAUUCACUUUUUUUUUUACUUUGAAUGUUUAGAUUAUUAAUGAGUAUAAAAAGCCAAACAAAAAAACUUGGAAAUUCGAUUCGGUUUAGUUAGUAGGAUUAGAUUGCACAUCUACAUGAAUAUUUUGUUUUGUUCUUUGAGAGCAAUCGACAAAUGUUAUUUUAGGUGGAUACUUUGUCAUGGGUUAGCGAGGGACGAUAGUGGUAGACAAGACUUGAAUGCUGCUUUCAUUUGUCCGACGGAGAUUUCACUUUAUGUUUUAGUCAUCUUCAAAUUCAUACUUGAUAGUAUGUCCUAAAAGACUUAUCACUGUUUUUGAGAGUGGCGAAGCAGAACAUGAAGACGAAAUCGUUUCCGGAAAGAUUCGGCUCUAUAGAGACUGAUCCAGAUACUGUGCGGCCUCUCAAGAAGCGUCAGUGUCCUCUUGGGGAAGAUAAGCCGCUUAAAUCCGAUGAUGCUUGUAUUGUUUGUGAAGUUUCAGAAGAGGGAGCAUCAAGUUGUUGUGGGGUUGACUGUCUUCUUCGGUUUCAUGAAGAGUGUUUGACUCCUGAGUUCGGUGGUAGUGAGGAUCUCUCAAAUCCAUUAUGUCCUUAUUGUUGGUUCCGAGUUGUAGCGCUCAAAUCUAAAUCAUUGAGAGAGGAGGCCGUUAGUGCGGAGAAUGCAGUUUACAAGUAUCUAGAUAAAGACACUGUGAGCGGUCAAGGGUUACAAGGAGGAGAUCGUGCUGAGUGCUCAUCAUCAAAAGAGGAUCAGUUUGACAAUAGUUCUCAUCAACCAGAAGAGGGUACAGAUAUGGAAGAAGAAGAUAAAGUGAUAGAGGACGAGGUUGAAGCAUCAGCUGAAGACGGUGAGAGGGUAGAUGCAGAUCAUGACGAAUCAGCUCAAGUUCAAACCAAUGAAGAGCAUGUGAGCGAGCAUGUGGCUUCUCAGCCGAAUACACUCAGGGCCUUUUCCUUUUUUAACAAGAAUCGGAGACUACUUUGGACGCCUGAAGAAGAGGAAAUGCUCAGGAUGGGAGUGAAGAAAUUUGCACCAGAAGCAAACAAGAACAUACCAUGGAGGAAGAUUCUUGAAAUGGGACAGACUGUGUUCCAACCCACACGUACUCCAGCUGAUCUCAAGGAUAAAUGGAGGAGACAACACUAACUCCCCAGAACUAUGUAAUCUUUUUUUUUUUGUUGAAUAAUCUUACAUAGGCUGCUAAGCCCAUUAGAAAACCUACGAGCUAACUUCUCUCAACUCUGUAUAUAGGCCAAUUUCUUAACAAAUUUGUGUCAUUAGAAUGACCCAGUCAUCACGUCAUCACUUUGGUUAUAAUGAACGGUUUGUAUAAUUAAUCAUGUUACGGUGAUGAACUGUGUGUUCAACAUUGCUUCUUUUG